UAGAGAUGAACAAUACAGACAUUUCUUAGACUAAGAUAAAUAAAUAGAGAUGCAUGUAUUUCUAUUGGAUAUAGUGAUUUCUCUGUUAGAAAUUGAGAUAUUGGGGGGUUGCCGACGAUCCGCACAAUCACGUACGUAAUUAAUGUCAGCAUCAUUUUGUUCCAGGCAAUCCAGGCGUCCCAGGUGCGCCUACCAACAUGGACGAGUUCGCCAAUGCCGUGUGGAACGCGGACAUGAACCGCCUAGCAGACUCCGAUAUUUUGCAAACCUUACGUAACUACAUUAGCAACUCCAAUGACGAGAGGGACCUUCCGGUCAGUCCAUUUGUGCCAACUAGGGCACUCUCUUUGGUACUAAUCUUAGAAGCAUGCGCGUCACUAAAGCUGUGUACAUCAAAGUAGUGCGGGCAGAUCAUGAGAACAUGUGGACUGGUCCCCACCCUACUAUUAUUGUAUAGGGACCGAUAGCUUACUGCAGGUAGGUAAAUCUUUGCAACAUUGUACAAUCUCGUUUCCAUGUAAGCACGUGGAAUGAAACAAACGUGCAUGAACAAAGAGACCUUGGAACGAUACUGACGGGAGUGAAAGGUCUUAAUGAAAUUCGUUUUUUACCUAUCUUCCAGAUAACUUUCCUAAAUAUUACCUGACGAGGACAAAGGGAAAAUUCCGACAUGAGUGUUUCUUGGGUCGGUUUCACUUAGAAAUCAUUCUUCCAAACAUCAUCGGAUAUUACAGGAAGGCCCAGGCUGUUUUUCUCUGUGAACAAAGCCUUUCUCCACGGCGACACAUACAAGACGACGGUUGCCCUGUUCGAUAACUACAUCACGUCUGUGGGUCAGACAGAGAUCACCACGGAGCGAGCUGAGCAAGACGCCUUUAUGGACGCCAUGUUUGAGACGGAAGUCAUGAGUAUCGCGUACGAGUACGUGAGAUACUCAGAGUUUUCACGGUGCCCAGCUGGUGAACUGGUUGGCGAGGAGCAACAAAUUCUCGACCAGACAAGAAGCUAUCGGCUUGGGCAAGGAUCUCUUGGACCUCCUGGAGCUCAGUCUCACCAAACACUGCUUGGCCGUGAGAAUGACUGGGAUAUACGUGGCCCUCGUUGUCUGUUUGGUGCUCGGAACGGCUCUACAGUUCGUCGUCCUCCCUCUGUUUUACUUUCACCGUGGCGUGAAUGGAGAUUGGUACCAGUUUGAAGAAAUCUACAUUCCUACUGAAUCCAACUGGAUCGGUUCUGCUGGAGGAAUCAUCAGCACUGUUCUACCAAGAAACGGAAGCCUAACAGACAGAAUCCGGUAUCAUAGGCUGUCGGAGUGUCCUGAUCAUUCCAACAUUCCGAAUCUAAAUAAAUUGACCUUCUACGAGCUGGACGAUUCAGUGACUAUGGACCAAGCAGAGAAGAUAGUUUUUGGUGCCGAGGCGUUGGAGAGAGCCAGGCGAGCUACAGCGCUCGCCGACUCUGCCAUCCCAAAACUCAUCGACAAGAAAAUCUGGUUCAAAACCUCGGGAAGGAGGAUUAUGGAGGCCAAUCUAGCCGAACUGGAGAUGAAGAUAGGGAACUAUACAUUCAUCCCAGGUGGCCACUGGAGGCCCAAUCAUUGCAUACCAAAGGGGAAGGUGGCUAUCAUCAUUCCGUUUCGGAAUCGUUUCCACCAUCUGUCCAUCCUCCUUCGCUACCUCGUCCCUAUGCUGCAGAGGCAACUUCUUGAAUUCGGUAUUUUCACAGUCAACCAGGAAAACGAGUUGAGUUUCAACCGUGCUACCUUAAUGAACGUGGGUUUCAUGGAGAGCCUGAACAUGUCACACUGGGAUUGCUUUGUGUUCCACGAUGUUGAUCACGUGCCACUGAGUGACCUGAAUUACUACGGAUGCUCCAACAUGCCACGACACUUUAUCACCGGCGACAACGUUUGGAAUUACACGUUGCUUUACGAAAAUUUGUUUGGCGGCGUGACGGGUUUUCCUGGCAGCGACAUACGGAAAAUGAACGGUUUCCCCAACGUGUACUGGGGCUGGGGAGGCGAAGACGACGAGAUCUUGCUGCGGGCAAGAAAGGCUAAUUUAAAAAUAUGGCGACGACCACGGGGACGCAGUCGCUUCAUCGGAUUCUAUAAAGUCAUCGAACACCAUCACCACAGCGCGCCGAAGAUACCAGAGAGGUACGAUCUUCUGAAGAACUACUCCACCCGCAUGAAUUACGACGGGCUGAGCAACUUAAGGUACCCGCCCCCUCGCCUUGAGAUCCAUCCGUUGUACGUCAACAUCUCAGUGGACAUCUUUCGGCUUGAUUAAGAGGGGAAGUAACUAUGGUUACCACCUAGAGAAAGGAAAAUGGUCAAGAUAGACACUGAACGGAGCAUAACAUUUUGCCAGUUUGGCUGUAUCACUAUCAAACGAGAGGAAAGAGGUUUUAAAAUCUCUUAUUGAAUGCUAAGAUAUGCAGAAACAGAUUUGAAUGCGAUCAAGUUGUGCCAAAAGGCCAAAUUAUUUGACAUAAAGGUGCAAGAUUAGCUAACAAAAUAAAGAUGAAACCAGGAAUCACGUUAUACUAAAUCGUUAGAUCUAUGAUGUUGAUGUGUAUUUUAAAGAUUCGUCGAGAACAGCGACUUCAUGUAUACUGAAGUCCACAACUUGGGGUCACUUUCCAUUAAACUCGUUUUCACCUGAUCAGUUGUACACGCUUUGUGCCUGGGCGUAAAUCCCAGGGAAGAGGGGGUACUGUCACCCCACAUUUUGACUGCAGGUGAGCUAUUUAAUUACCUUCCCACUUUUUUGUGGUGAAAAAAAAAUUUACGUAGAUUUGGAAGAAUUUUUUUAACUUGUCAAUGUUACAACCAAAAUAUAUCCAAUAGCACCCAAAAGCGGAGAAAAACCAAAAAAGCCCUAAAAUUGCCUUUCUGAUGUAAGACUUUGUAGGAAUAUAAUACACAUUAGAUGUCCAUCUCUAUCAUGAACAUCACCCCUAUAAUAGUGUCACAUGGUGCCAGCCCCCCCCGUCAAGUUUCAGAGGCCGGGCAAGUUAUCCCCCUUCCUACUUGUCCACAUUCCCCACCCCUCUGAGUUGUGUAUUCUUUUUGUAGCGUACUUCAGGGCCCUUAUUAGAUCCGAACGAACAUUUUCAUCUUUUUUUUUUUGAGAAAAAAGUUGCGAUGUCGCAAAUUUUGUCGCAAAUAUUUGCAAAGAUAUUUGCGAUGUUUGGUGUCCCUCCAGGGCCACCAUAAGCUCUGGUUGAUCUCAGUUGACUGUCAAGACGGGAGUCGUACAGGUUUUCCACCUACGGGACUGGUGUUCCUUGCUGAAAAUGACUUCAAUUGAAACCACUGGCCUGCCUUGAAUUAGCAUUGGAUCUUACCGAUGCCGACGAUUCCUCUACCAGAACGUUCAGUUGGAUUCGGUUCGAACGUAGAUUUCUCCUGGGCCAAAUUAAAAACAUAACAAGUGCAGUAACCUUUCAACAUAUCCACUUGUUUUUGUUUUGUAUGAGUGCUAUUUCAACUAUUCUGGCCAUUUAAACAUCAAUUAAACCCACAACAAACUUGACAAUAACGUUCGUCGCAUUUAUUUCAAGCUCCUAGAUGUGGAGGGGCCGAGGUGGAAUGCUCAUGCGUGAAUGCCGAAGUUCUCUUCAUAAGACCUUUUUUCACACGCACCUUCAAACUGGCUCCAUUUUACUUUCACACCAUCACGGUGAGAGUAAUAGAGAAGGAGGAUGACGAACUGUAGAGCCGGUCCGAGCACCAAACAGGCAACGACGGCCUUGUGUAUCCCAGUCAUUUUCAAAACCGAGCCCGCUGCAAUUCAGCGUAUCAGAGGGGCGUUCAAAGACCAAAUUUGAGUCGGGGAAGACCAGAGAGAAAGAACAUCAGCCAAACCGCGUUUUCCAACCGCACGGUAAUAAUAUUGUCAUGACACUGCACUUCCCUGCUUUUCUCUACCUUUCUCGGCGUUAAUUGUCUUAUUCUAGCGCAAGUCCUCUUAGACUCAAUAUCAGACGGUCAGGCGCUUUCCCUCCAAUUUUAUAAAUGAUGAUAAACUGCUUGGAAAAAGCAGAAGUAAGACAACGAAGUCCUUGGCCCUGAACUGCUAUAACGCCAUGAUGCAGGUUACUAUCAGGGAGAUGCGUUAGGUUUCGGUCCUCAGACCAGAAAAUAACCCAUCGGGCAUGUUUGCACGGAUAAUAUUCUGGACUGGCUAGCGAUUGGUUGGAAAAUCUGCGUGGAAAUACAAUUACACACUUUUCAGGGUCGGCUGUACCAGUUUAACUACGUCGUUCGGGAAAAAGUUUAACUAUGAAACCAAAUUGAUUCACGACAUUUCAAUCAGACGUAUGUAACCACUGUAAAAUAAAGCCCAUGUGCUGCAAUGUUUUGAUGAAUCGAUUCAGAAUUUGUAUAAGGAAUUGUUCUUUUACAUGACACGCAUUUCAGCAAAAGUAAGCCACGUCACUGACGUGCUACAUUUAAAGCUUUGUUUUAAUAAAUUGGUUCGCUACAACA